AUGUCGCAACUCGUUGGCAAGACCCGUCUCGCCUACUCGCGCACAUGGCACUAUGUCGACGCCGGCGCCGAUGAACGAUCCCUCGGCCGCCUCGCCUCGUCGAUCGCCCUCGUUUUGAUGGGCAAGAACAAGCCUAUCUACGACCCCUCAACAGACUGUGGCGACUACGUGGUGGUUGUGGGGUGUCAUGAUCUCAAGACAACAGGAAAGAAGCGAUUCCAGAAGAAGUACUACACGCACACGACGCGGCCCGGUAGCUUGAAGAGCAUGACGAUGGAUCAGAUGUUCGCCAAAUGGGGUGGUGGUGAAGUCCUCCGCCGCGCUGUUAGGGGCAUGCUGCCCAAGAACCGACUUAAGGAUUCCCGCCUCGCUCGAUUGAAGACUUUCGAAGGUGUCGCCCACCCUUACAAGGAGAAUAUCGUCAAAUUCGGCAACCAAUCGGUGAUCGGAAAUCUACCCGAAGUGCAGGAAGCAUUCAAAGAAGCCGCCGACAAGCCAAGCGCAUAA